AUGCUGACCUCAUUGAAAAUGCAAGACGGUAUCAUUACGACGUUAAUUUCAUCGUUCAGUCAGCGGCGAGAGAAGCGGCUCACGAGGCAGAAAGAGCGUCACAAAGUAUCCCAGAUAUUUCUGCAGUUCAACAACGAACAUAUCAACGAUCUGAUCGAAAACGUGCACGCGAGGACGACCGAGGUUAUAGGCAACCAAAACGAUACCGCAGCUCGGGCAAGCAACCUGAUGGACGUCACAAUCGCUGCUCCCGUUGCAAUCGUCCCUCACACAGAACCGGCAUUGCUUGCCCAGCAAUUUCGGACCACUACGCGAAUCACGAUUAGGUUGUAUUCCCACUCGUAUACGGAAAAUGGACGCGAGUGGAAAACUGACGAAAUUCGGUCCCUGCUAACUGAUCCUGGCUUUGAUAUUACUUUGCCGACCAAAAUCCUCAUCCACGGUUGGAUGGGUAGCUAUGAAUCGGCGGUAGGAGAGCCGUUGGCCUUGGAAUUUCUAAGCCAAGGACAAUAUAAUGUGCUGGUAGUGGACUGGGAAAACAGUGCCAGUAGCUUACUGUACCCUGCUGUUGUUAGAUACAGAGUUCCGAAAGUGGCUGAGUUGGUAGCUGCCCUUAUUGAUAAUCUUCUGCAAUUUGGACAGACUUCAGACCAAAUUGGAAUCGUCGGACAUAGCUUGGGGGCUCACAUAGCCGGCCUGGCAGGAAGGCGGGUGAAACAACAAAUUGCUUUCAUUUCGGGAUUAGAUCCAGCCGGACCCUGGUGUAGUAAACCCUUGGACAGGUUGGCCGCCAAUGAUUCCCAAUACGUGGAGGUGUUCCACUCAGACGGCUAUUUAGGAAUUGACAAGAAUAUUGGAACUGCCGACUAUUACCUGAACGGUGGAAGACGUCAACCAGGAUGCCAGAUUUGGAAUUUACACUGUAAUCACGUACGAUCGGUUCAUGUCUAUAAGGAAUCGCUGCGGGGAACAAGGGUUAUUGCACUUCAAUGUCCUGAUCGGGAAACCACGGCACAUGAGUGUAUCGAGGUUUGGGUGACACUUGGAGGCACCGAACCGAAACUAGCGAACAAAAAACUGGGUGGAGUGUUAUUUGUGAAAACGGCAGGGUAUGAGCCCUUUUUUAGACAUGUUGUUAACUAAAGUUUGCAUUUGAGCUCUUAGUAGAAUGCGAGAAUUAGAGAAAGAAAAGACGAAACUUUUUCGAAUAUACUAAAUAACUUUGUGGAAUAUUAGAAAGCAUUAAAAAAUAUCAUGGGUAAAGUUAUUGAGUAAAAGUGCACUUUAAGUGCACUUUUUAAACAAGUCAUUAUAUUGCGUCAACAGUAAAAGAUAGAAAGUUCCUGUUUUUAGGAAAGUCAAAUCAGAUUUCUAAGGGAAUUUAAAAAACAUAU